GUGGCGCUCUUCGCUGACGACGUACCUGCAGUACCGCACCUGUGCCUGUACUACCGGUGCACGCUGGUCGUGAUGUUCGUGGAGACGCUGCUCCUGCACUACUUCCGGGACUACCUGCGCACGCUGCUCGUGGUGCCCCUCAAGACGCCGCUUCUGAACUACCCCCUGCUGAUGUUGGUGUUGGCGUCGGACUCCUUCCUCACGUUGGUGGCGCCUACGUUGCUGGAACUGGUGACAGUGCUGGGACGUCCGCGCGAGCUGCUGGGG